AUGUCUCUCAAAGAUUGGGGUUUUCCUAAUGUACUGGGCAUUAUCGAUGGUACAUCAAUUAAAGUGAGAACACCAGCACAUAAAAUCAAAUCUACUUAUGUGAAUAGACAUGACAUUUCUUCAGUUACUCUACAGGGUAUAUGCGAUGCUAAUGAAAGGUUUAUUGACGUCUUUACUGGUAUUCCAGCAAAAAUCCACGACUCACGUGUUUUAAAACUAUCGGAUAUCAAUGAGUCUUUACCAGUAAUAUGUGAAAGCAAAUAUCACAUACUGGGAGAUGCAGCAUACUCUAUAAGAGAAUGGCUAUUGGUUCCCUAUAAAGAUUACGGAAAUCUAACGAAUAAAGAACGUGAAUUCAAUAAACGGUUCUGUGUGACACGAGUAUUGAUUGAAAAUGCUUUCGGACUAUUAAAAGGCCGUUUUCGGCAACUCACGGAGUUACAUCUUCAUAGUAUUGAUAAAAUAUCAAAAUUCAUUAUUUCUUGUUGUGUUUUACAUAACUUAUGUAUUGAUAACAACGAUGAUUUUAAUUUUGAAUUCGAAGUUGUAGACAAUAAUGACGAAUCCAAUGAAGAAGUUAGAGUAGAGCAGGAAGUUCUAUUACGAAGAUUGGGAGAAAUAAAAAGAAAUGAACUAUUGAAUGUAAUGUUUCCGUGA